AUGGCAGAGACAGACGCAACCAUUGAUCGAGUGGCCGUCAAAAUACCGGAUUUAAUUUCGUCAGAUCCCGAACUUUGGUUUGCUAUGGUCGAAGGUAGUUUCGCCAGAAUGACAUCACGAAAUUCGGAGGAAAAAACACGUCAACUUCUGGAGCGCGUUGAAAUUGGUGACCGUAAACCGUCACAAUUUUUACGCCACCUCCAAAACCUGGCUGACUCUUCCGUUCCGGAAACUUUAUUAAAGACACUUUGGAUAGGCCACCUACCAAAAAGUAUACAAGUGGCGUUAGCAAUAGUUAAAGAUAGUAAGCUUGAAGAACUUGCUCUUCAUGCAGACAACAUCGCUGAUGCUUCUGGUCCUUUGCUACCUCAAAUAGCAGAGACAUCGAGAAGUGACACUUUUGAAGCCAUGUUGAAUCUUAAAAUUUCUCAGCUUACCUUGAGUAUAAAUCCCACAUAUUUAAUAAUUUGA